AUGGUUCGGGGUGGGUGGACUAAAGUGUCACACAAUAAACGGUUCGCUCCAAGAUGGAAUACCUUUCCUUAUGGUGGUCGCAACCUGAAGUUCGCAGAGAAAAAGGGUGAAAUUACUUCCUUGUUUGUGUCUGAUUUCCCAGAUGAUACGACGGCCAAGGUAUUGUUCGAACUUUUCGGGUGUUCAGGAAACGUGGUAGAGGUUGCUAUAGCACCGAGGAGGAAUGCUUUCGGGAAAAGGUUUGGUUUUGCGCGUUUUGUGGAGGUUACGGAUGGUCGAUUAUUGGCGGUGCGCUUGGAUAACAUCAUUAUUGCAGGUAAGAAAAUCCAUGUGAACGUUCCGAGAUUCGAUAGGAGACAGGUUGGGGGAGUAAGGAAUUUUGGGAAUUCUGUUAGGGGAAAUCAAGGUAAUUUUGGAGUAAGGCAUUCGGUAGGGAACAAGGUUGCACCAAGAACCUUUUUAGCCAGGAAAGAUUGUUCUUAUGUAGAGGUGGUGAGUAAGGAUUUGGAAGGUAGGGGAUCGAUGGAGACAGAGAAUGAUGUGGUGCAAUUUAAGUCUUCUGAUGUUUUGAGAGGGAGGCUGGAAAAAGCAUAUGUGGCUAAGGUUUGCAUUCCGGGGUCGGCUCACACUAUCCAAACGCAUUUCGAAAUGGAGGGCGUGUUUGCGGUUAAAGUUUCACCUUUGGGUAGUAGCAUGUGUCUGUUAGAGGAACUAGAGGAUGGUUUCAUUGAAGAUUUAAUAGGGGGAGGAGAAGAUUGGUGGAAAGGAUGGUUUUCGGAGAUUAAGAAAUGGGAGGUCGGAGCGGUGGCACAGGAGAGGGAUGUAUGGAUCAGAAUUUACGGAAUUCCGGUUCACGCUUGA